AUGAAAACCAAAGAGGUGUCUGCCCUCUUUCUGCCGAGUGAAGUCAUGGAGGAGGAUGAAGAAACCAAGACUAGCAAGCUUUGGGAGUGUUAUCAACACGCUGCAUACCUGGUUCGAUCACGUGCGCAUGAGGGUCCACAACCGCGUGAACCUGUACUCAAUCCACUCUUUGAUUUAUUCAAUGGGCAGGUUUAUGGGGUCAAAGAAGACCCUCGCAAUGUUAGAGUGAUACCGGCCGUGGUCCAAGAGAGGUCUUUGAUGUGCGAAAAGGCCAUGGCGGCCGGAGAUGAAAUGAUAAUUAUCUACGGCAUUCACACUGCAACAAGUUUCAUUUUGCGUUAUGGUUUUUGUCCAAAAGAUUUCGUGACGAGCAAUGGCGGAGACUUGGUGGAUGAAGUGUUUCUAUGGAUACCCAAGAGCUUGGGAAGCCCCGACGAGUUACGAUCUCGGGCAACCCGAAAACUGGUGCCGUCGACGGCACCAGGACAGCUGUUCGAGGAUUGCGUGACCCAAUUGACAGGCGACAUGCUGGACCAGUUUUCGGUGGGCGUCCAGGUAAACUAUGAUGUAAUUCUUGGCAACGCACUACGUCCAGACAAUCCCGUUUCAGAUCACAGCAACAUUCAAAGGCUGAGACAAUUUCUAGUGCUGAAUCAUUUGCUCGAUGACGAUUGUGUUCGUGAAGCAAUGAAGACAUGCCGACUCAGAGGAUGGAACGACUUUUAUCUUUCUCACCUGCUGCAAUUGAUCAUUGACCAUGUCAUUACAUCCGCGACGUCCCUGUCUACAAGCAACAACCAGCAAGAUCUGCAGAAGGCCAAUGACCCAAAGACACCACAUGAUGUUAAGGUGGCGUACCUGGCACGAGUUGCUCAACGAGAUGCUUUGGCACGUUGGCGACACGCCUUUGCUUGGCACUAUGGGUCUCCUUCAGAGCAUUCGAGUGCUUUUUACCACAACUUGUAUGCACACCUUGAACAAGGUGGUUACGAAAGAAAAACUGUUUUUUCACCCAACCACCCCAUCCCCCAAGCACCAAGAUGCUUGUUGGAGAGUAAGGGUUGUCACUACUGCGGGAGAACUUUGCAUUUACGCUCUUGCGCUGGUUGCAAGGAAACCCAGUACUGUUGUAGGGAGCACCAAAAACUUGAUCGCAAACGGCACAAAUACUAG